AUGAAAACCGUGCUUAUCACCGGAGCUAAUCGCGGACUAGGCCUCGGAAUGGUUAAAUAUCUCACAAAGCAAAAGAAGGCUGAAAAGAUUUUCGCCACUUGCCGGAAUGCAUCUGAGGAACUCACAAAGCUUUCGGAAGAAAAUGAAAAUCUCCAUAUUUUACAUUUAGAUGUUAAAAAGCUUGACACUUACGGUGAAUUUGCAUCGAAGAUUAAACAAUUAGUAGGCAAUGGCGGUCUCAACCUACUUAUUAAUAAUGCUGGAGUGACAACAAAAUUCACCAAGCUCAGUCUUGUAAAAGAGGAACAAUUGAUGGAUAAUUUUACUGUAAAUACAGUCGCACCGAUAAUUCUUACCAAGACUCUUCUGCCACUCUUGAAACAAGCUGCUGAUGUAAAUAGCGAAAAACCGGUUGGAGCGAAUCGCGCCGCGAUAAUUAAUAUGAGUUCAGUCCUAGGAUCCAUAGCACAAAACGAUCAAGGAGGUUUUUACCCGUAUCGAUGCUCAAAGGCUGCGUUAAACGCGGCAACAAAAUCGAUGAGUCUAGAUUUAAAAAAGGAUCAAAUUCUCGUGGCGUGCAUGCACCCGGGCUGGGUGCGGACCGACAUGGGAGGGAAAAACGCUCCGCUAGAUGUCGAUAGCAGUAUCAAUGGAAUUUUCAAUACAAUAAACAAACUAGGAGAGGGCGAUAGUGGAAAAUUUCUGCAGUACGAUGGAAGUGAAUUGCCGUGGUAAUAACAAUGAAGUUUUGAAAUUAUUAUGUUAAAAGUUUGAAAACAUGAUGAUGUUAAUAAUUGCGGAUUUAAAACUACAGGUGUUAUACAUUUUUAAAAUGAGUUAUUAAUACUGA